AUGACUGACGAACCUACAAAGAGUCUUCGCAGAGGCGCCAUCACGUUGACCACUGCUUCAUCAGAACCUGACUUCACUUAUCCUUCUCUUCCACUCGACUUGUCCCUUGACUCCCUCCUCGCCCAUUCUCAAACCCCUCACUCCUCCUUUCCGAAGAUGACAAAAUCAGAGACCGACACAGCCUCCCUGGCGGAGAGUUGGGCAUCAUUGGCCGAAACAGAUAUUUCACAUGAAGAUGAUAUCCACUCGGAGCAUACAGAUGUUGGUUCGCUUCUGGAUGUUCAUAGCUCGGAAGAUGUCCAUAGUGUCAUCGAUGCCGAAAUUCAUGAUUAUGCUCCUGACCCAGACGACCACUCUGAAACAGAUGACCAAGAAUCAGACAUCUCACACUCACAAAAAUCCUUACCGUUCAGUCCUUGGGACCGAUCCGGCUUUGAUGCCCAACAGGCGCGCUCUGAUCUCAGCACUUCUCUCUCGAAUGCCCAACCAUCAGAACAUCAUCCUACCACACCUCCGCGCUAUAAGGUCCGAAGUUCUUUCAAUGAACACCAACUCCGAGACCUUUCUCUACGUAUCCAUGGAACUGUCAAUGCGGACUAUUCGGAUGGAUAUACUCAUAUGGGAUUGUCGUCUCGAGGGCUUGAUCUGAACACUUUGGACUAUUUCAAAGUCAUUCUGCUUGGCACAAGCAUCGAGCAAUUCCGACCGGAGAUUCAACGAAAGCUGGGUGACGUGCUAGUCUCUCAAGGAGGAUCAAGUCAGUUCAGCUCUCGAGGAUCUGUCACUAGAUAUCACCUCGUUCCGAACACCUUUGGGCCUGGCGCGGAACCAGACUUUGCAGAUCUUGUUGCUAUUGACAAGCAGAUCGAUUUCGAUUGCUAUGAUCAAGUAAAGGGAUCGAAUCUACCGUUUGAGAAUGACAAAACCAAUCUAUGCCUCAAGAAUAGGAGCACAUCAUCAGAGUUGGUGUCGUUCUUCAAUGGACGAGAUUUCGUUGUCAGUCAGCCACGAUGGAUAGCCCCUGAUCUCGCUAUCGUCUGUCUCGAGUUGGACCACACUGGGAAGCUAGAUUCUUCCAGCCUCCAGAUGCUUAAAUUCACAGAACGCCACCAGAUUCCAAGAAUUGUCAUUCGAAUGGAUCGUGGAUGGACCGGGGAGUAUGGUCACUUUGAACAAGAAGGUGCUCUGCGUCAGUCCCUUCACAAAAUGUCUGAUAAGCCUUUCCAGAACCUCCAGUUCUCACUCAACUUCCCUGUGGAUAUGGCAGCUUUUCUCAAUCUUGAAAGCCCCCUCCUCAACAAGCACAUAGCCUAUAUCGUCUCAUGUGCAGAUGAAGAUGUUCGCAAAGACUCCCCCGAAACCACAGGUUAUCUGGACGGAAUCGUCGAAGGAAAAAUAUCCAAGCUACCAGGAGGAAAUAUUACCGCUCUCUUUUCAACCAGACAUUUCGUUCCUAUCAGACUCCUUGCGCUAACGAUCGUCGCAACCUCUGUUGUUGGUCUGCUGUUGAGUGUUCUACUACCAUCACCCUCUUCCAGUCUGUUAGCACGAUCUGCGCUGCACAAUCAAUUUGCCCAGGACAUAUCAACCACAUUGAUCAGUUCUUCGUCUGCGACCUUGCAAGCAGCACAGACCCCGUUGCUAGGCAACACCCCACUGUCGCUCGCUGCUCUGGCCAAAGAUGACGAAGCCUGGCAGCAACAGUUGGAAAGCGCCUCGGUGAGUCGGAAUGAGGUGACGAAAGACGCGGACAACCACUUUCAGGUUGGCAUUGCGAGUGCGAAUCAAUUGAUGGUGAAGCUACCAAAGGUUGCCACCAGCAGCAGGAAGCGAUCAGUCUUGGACGUCAGUCUGAAACGAGAAGAAAUCAGCCUCCCCAUAAUCUUGCAGGAGCUCUUCGACGGAGUUUAUAGUGUAACACUUGAGCCCCGCGACAGUUAUGGAGACAUUGAGGUCAGACUGACAAUGUCCAACCCCCAACUUACGGAAAUGUUGACCUUGUCAUUUGGAGAACCAUCGUUUGGAAGAUAUGAACGAUUGAAGACAGUCCUAAAAGCUGUCAAGAGCCGGGUGCAGAACCGUGCUACAUCCUUGGCGAAACAAGCCACUGCGGCAAGAGAGAAUAUCCCAUCACAUAGAUUUCUGAGUGAAGUCGGUGUUGCAGGCAUGACCGUCAAGGCUUACUUCCGGAAGAUGUGGGCAACGAUUCCAGGCGCUGACUUGCCAUAUGAUCUACUCAAAACCGCCGGUGACCAUCUGGGGAAUGGACUCACCGCUGUACGAUCUGUAGCGGCCUUGAAGGGCUCUGAAUUCUCACAGCAGAUGCACACGAGAGUUGUGGUAGAUGGACUUGCCUGUGCUCAGAAUCGAGCUCAGCAAGUUGUAGCAAAAGCGGCGAAUCGACUGAAGGGCAUGGUAUUGAGUCGCCAGACUGCGAGUUGA